AGCGGAUCGUAUCAGGAGAAUUGAAAGCAGCUCCUCCAGAUAUCAUGCCACCACGCUCUUUCUCCGGACCAGGUGUUCCACCACUCACUCCUCUCAGAGAACCACCUUACCUCGCACCUCAACCUCCUGUGGACGAGGAGGAAGAUUACGAAUACCCUCUGUUCGACUGCACUUGUUUCCAAAUCUACUGGUCUCCCUUCUUCGCUGAUUUCUGUUCGAACACUUUGGGGAUGACUUUGAAACACAGCUCCAAGAAGGGAACCCCGGCUCAUGGGAACUUGAGGCCUGUUAAGGAGGGCAGGGUGUUCAAAGCCAUACGAAAGGUGGGAGAGAAGGCGAAUAAGAAGGGGAGUGAGCUUAAACGGGAGUGGACAGAACGCCGUCCUACUUGGAAUUAUCAGGAUGCCCAUUUUCAGCAAAUGGAGCUGGAGUUACAACGACUCCGGCAGCAGCUAUCAGUUGCAGAAAAUACCAGUCUACCAAACACCAUCCCUGCCGGAUCUUCUGAAGAGCCAUGGAGUAGUAGGAGUACCUCGCAGUUUAGGUUGCCUCCUUCCGGUUCCUCUUCUAUUGACAGACGAUUUACAAUGACUUGAUACAAAUCUUACUAAAUCUCUUAUGUAAAGUUAAGAGCUGAAUUAUCAUUGUAAAGUGUUACCACGCAGUUAUCAUAGAGAUCAAUGGUUGAAGUUC